GGUGCCCACGAGGAUGGUGGCGGGGCCCUAAGCCGAGGCUCCCUAGGCCACGCACCAUGACCUGCUGGCUGUGCGUCCUGAGCCUGCAGCUCCUGCUCCUGCCUGCGGCUCCGCCCCCGGCGGGGGGCUGCCCCGCUCGCUGCGAGUGCACGGCGCAGACGCGCACGGUGGCCUGUCCCCGGCGCCGGCUGACCGCCGUGCCUGACGGCAUCCCGGCCGAGACGCGCUUGCUGGAGCUCAGCCGCAACCGCAUCCGCUGCCUGAACCCAGGCGACCUGGCUGCCCUGCCGCUGCUGGAGGAGCUGGACCUGAGCGAGAACGUGAUCGCACACGUGGAGCCCGGCGCCUUCGCCAACCUGCCGCGCCUGCGCGUCCUGCGCCUGCGCGGCAACCUGCUCAAGCUCAUCCCUCCGGGGGUCUUCACGCGCCUGGACAACCUCACGCUGCUGGACCUGAGCGAGAACAAGCUGGUCAUUCUCCUGGACUACACAUUCCAGGACCUGCGCAGCCUCCGCCAGCUGGAGGUGGGCGACAAUGACCUGGUGUUCAUCUCGCGCCGGGCCUUCGCCGGGCUGUUGGCCCUUGAGGAGCUGACCCUGGAGCGCUGCAACCUCACAGCGCUGUCGGGCGAGUCGCUGGGCCACCUGCGGGGCCUGGGCGCCCUGCGGCUGCGCCACCUGGCCAUCGCUGCCCUGGAGGACCAGAACUUCCGUAGGCUCCCGGGCCUGCUGCACCUGGAGAUUGACAACUGGCCGCUGCUGGAGGAGGUGGCCCCCGGCAGCCUGCAGGGCCUCAACCUCACCUCGUUGUCAGUCACCCACACCAACAUCACUGCUGUGCCAGCCGCCGCGCUGCGCCACCAGACCCACCUCACCUGCCUCAACCUGUCGCACAACCCCAUCAGCACGGUGCCGCGUGGGUCUUUCCGAGACCUGAUCCGCCUGCGUGAGCUGCACCUGGCCGGGGCCCUGUUGGCCGUGGUCGAGCCACAGGCCUUCCUGGGGCUGCGUCAGAUCCGCCUGCUCAACCUCUCCAACAACCUGCUGUCCACGUUGGAGGAGAGCACCUUCCACUCCGUCAACACGCUGGAGACGCUGCGCGUGGAUGGGAACCCGCUAGCCUGUGACUGUCGCCUGCUGUGGAUCGUGCAGCGCCGCAAGACGCUCAACUUCGACGGGCGGCUGCCGGUCUGCGCCACCCCCGCCGAGGUUCGUGGGGACGCUCUGCGCAACCUGCCGGACUCCGCGCUCUUCGAGUACUUCGUGUGCCGCAAGCCCAAGAUUCGAGAGCGAAGGCUGCAGCAGGUCACCGCCGCCGCGGGGGAGGACGUGCGCUUCCAGUGCCGUGCGGAGGGCGAGCCAGCGCCCACCGUGGCUUGGGUGACACCCCAGCACCGCGCAGUGACCAGCACCAGCCCCGGCCGGGCGCGCGUGCUGCCCGGGGGCACGCUGGAGAUUCGGGACUCUCGGCCGCAAGACAGCGGCACCUACACCUGCGUGGCCAGCAACGCGGGCGGCAACGACACCUACUUCGCCACGCUGACAGUGCGGCCCGAGCCCGCUGCCAACCGGACCCUGGGCGAGGGCCGCAAUGAGACCCUGGCGGCUGCGCGCUUCCCACUGGACCUCACCACCAUCCUGGUGUCCACGGCCAUGGGCUGCAUCACCUUCCUGGGCGUCGUCCUCUUCUGCUUCCUGCUGCUGUUCGUGUGGAGCCGGGGCCGUGGGCAGCACAAGAACAACUUCUCCGUGGAGUAUUCCUUUCGCAAGGUGGAUGGUCCAGCCGCCGGUGCGGGCCAGGGAAGCUCCCGCAAGUUCAACAUGAAGAUGAUCUGAAGGGCCCUGGGGGCAACCUCCAGCUGCCCUGCCGGGCCUGUCGCUGGCCUGUCCAAUGACACCUAUGCAUUUUCCAGAGUGGCUGCAAGCUGACUCCUGGCAGAACUUCCAUUUUUUUGUAGAGACCCAACCACAGGAGUUUUUUCAUCAGGAUGUGUCUUUUGCAGUUUCUCAAGCAUUUUCUAAAGGUUUCCCCUGUCUUCCUGGCCCUGAGUGGUCACUGAGCUGCUUUUGGGGGGGUGGCUCGGAGACCUAGGGUCCUCACCCCUAACACUUCACACCCAGAGGCACACAGUUGCUGCCCCCGUGGUCCCCUGACAGCUCAUACUUGAGGGAGAUGGUCUACACUCAGGAUGCUUGGAGGGAGCACAAAAGCCUAUACUGUUCACACCUGGACACCCCACACUUCACACCCAGCACAUAUAUUCACACCCAGGACACAAUCAGACACACAGUUCUAAAAUGGAACACACACCUGGCACUCAGCUGACACUAAGCAGGUGCCCCAGGUUCCAGAGCUCACCAUGGGCACACAGCUCACACGUGGGACAAGCAGCCCACAUUUGGAACACACCCAGCUAACACUUGAGUCACAAAUAGCUCACACCUGGGACACACCCAGCUCCUGCUCAGCUGGCCAA